CACAAAGUUUUCAAUCCGUCUUAGUGAGAGGAGGAGAUGAAGCCAGGCUGUCCUGUAAAAACAUGAUUGAUCAGAAUAACUGCAUACGAACCAACUGGUUGUUCAGUAAACCCGCUCAGAAAACGGCCAUAGAUUUGGUUAAAUUCGGUCGAACUAAUAAAACUCAGGCUUCCAGAGCUAGAGGAGAUAGACUGCAUGUCUCAGCAAACUGCUCUCUGAUCAUUCAGAGGGUCACAGCUGCAGAUGUUGGAACGUAUCACUGCCAACAAGUUUUCAACCAAACAGGGAAGGAGACUACAUACUCUGCCUUUUUAUCUCUCGUUAACUUAACUGCAGAGGAGGACGAUGAUGAGGUGACGCUAAGCUGCUCUGUGCUUUCCAAUGAUCCAUGUAGUUACAGUUUAAAAUGGCUUUUAAGGGGUCAAGAUAUUGAUAAAGAUAACAAAGCUCUGGAGACAGAAGAGUCAAACUGUGCUGCCAAAGUCACUUUUCAGACUUCUCAUUACGUUUAUGAGCCGGGCUAUUAUAAUUCACUGCAAUGUGAAGUAACAGAAGCUGGAGCCAAAAGAAAGCAGAUGUUUGUCUUUGGAUCUCGAAGCUCAGGAAGAGUAAAUCAACAAUCGGAAGACAACGGAAAAGAAAAAUCUAAUGCAUGGUGGUGGUCGUUCCUCGUUGUAGGUGUCAGUUUGGUGGCUUGCCUGUUUGCUGCUUGGCUUCUGAUCAAAAGGAGAAGGAUUAAAGGGAAGAGAACACACUUAGAUGAAAACCUGGAUGAAACAGAUGCAGCCAUCUCAUAUGCUACUAUCAUCCUCACGAAGACUAACAAUCAGGUUCGAGGAAGUGAUACUGCAGUCACCUACAGCGCCGUCAAAGUUGGAGCAUCCCCUCAUCCAAGCGACCAUUAUGCAUCUAUUAGAUAACCAACAUUGUGUAUUUGUUAAUUUUUCUACUGGAAGGUCAAGAUUUGUAUGCAACAAAAACAUUAAAAGAUAUAUACUUCCUUUCACUUUUUGAGGGGAGGCAACAUUUUGAUCACAGUUGCAAACAUUUGCAAACACGAGCUGAACUAUGGAUUGAAAAAGUGGCUUAAAAACAGGCAAUAACUGAAUGUAUACUAAACUCAAUCCAUCCAGUGUGAUUAUACAGGCUAGCAGUCUCCACAAGGGGGAGAUGUAGGUUAUGCAAUGAGCUCCUGUGUAAUGCUCUUAAAUUAGACCAUUCUUUAUUUCCUCAAAAGUUUAUCUGUUUGUUAAAUAUGACUAUGUGUAACCUGAGUCAAAUAUUUUUUUUGUGCACAAAAUAUUGGUUGAUAUAUAUGUUUUUGAUGUCUGCCUGCAUAAAAAUAACCUUUUCA